AUGCCCUACAACACACGUCGAAAGUCGUUGUCGCUCCCUUCGUUAGGCAUUCACUUGCCUAACGCUUCUCGGUCGCAUAGGUCUCCUUCGGCUUCAAAGAGUUCCACGUCGGGCUCGACGACACUGGACGAACUGACCCAUCCUUCCAAGAAAGUCAAGAGGUCGCAUGAUGCCGUCGACGCCGACAAGUCGCAGAAGAUCGCCACUGGUCGCAUAAGGAACAGCAGAGGCGCUUAUGAACAUACUCCGCCACCCUCACCCGGCGAUGCCGUCGAUGUCGCCAUGAAAAUCGACACCGAAGGCAUCAACGACGAUGUCGUCGUCGCCGCCAUUGAGCAAUUGGAGAAGACAGGGAACAAGCCUCAUUUAGUGCGCGAGCUGGCUGCCGUCCUAGUCAAAGUCAACGACACUGUCGCCAAUUCCGCAAACCCUGCUGCGUUACUUUCCUCUCGACUCAGCACCUAUAUGAAGCGUUCAUGGACUGCUCUGUCGCCAUGCCCUAUCGGUAAAGAGCUCAUCAAUGUGCAUCCUCGAAAGGUGUUUUAUUAUCUUACGAACACUCCGCACCAGCCUUUACCUGAAAACCUGGAAGACAUGGUCGCGAUGGAUGAGAAACGAUUGACUCCGAGCCUCUCGAGUGGAAGCGUCGAUCAAGACGAGGAUGAUGCGAUGGCGCGCGAGCGGUCGCGACUCAGUCCUAGUCCGGAGAUCGACUUGUCUUCUCCUGAGUUCGAGGAGCAUGAUACCUUUAAUGCGCGCCACACUUCUGGUGCUCAUGCAAAUCAUAACAACAGCCAUCGCCUGUCGCAUAAUCAUCGAGCCGCCUCGCCGCCACUGGAAGGUGACGAGCGGGAGUUCACUCAAACCGCCAGCUCUUUGCGCGAACGAGCAUCAGAAGAGAAGGCCAGCCGACAGAGUAGUCUGACUGCCUUGAGCAUCCCUGUCGAUGAGUCGCAAGAGGCCCAGGUUGUCAGAUUUCCCGGUUCGCCUAUGGAUGAGGAUCUUCUCACCGCGUCAAUCAGCGAACAAAAUCAAUACGAAGAUUACUUUUCGCAUGGUGGCUCUCGCGAUCAGGAACAAGAUCCUGACGACGCCGCCGUCGCCACUUUGUUCGGUACCUCGCCGUCUCCAUCGCUCACUUCGGUUGCUUCUUCAUUGUCGUCUGGCACGACUGCACUAUCCGAAGCUGAGCUUGCGGAUGUCCCUCCUGCACUAGACAGCGCCAGUGGCGCUUAUACAUCCGACCCCGCCCGUCCGAUCACCACCAUCACCACUACAGAACCAUCCCUAAAGCGCUCAUUUGACGUGGUCGAGACCGGCUUCCCGACCAAGUCGGUCAUGGAUCUCAAACACUCUCAAACCUUUGACUUUGAAAUGGUCAUAGAUUCCUGGGCCGAUCUUCGCAGCCCGGAGACCGUAGAGGUCGACGAGCUGGAUGCAAUGUUUGGCGACUUUUAA